AUGGCAAUGAGGGUGGUGGUGAUGAACUAUGGCAGCAUUUGUGGUGGUGAUGGCCGCGGCAAUGGUGGGAGUAGUAGUGGUGGCAUCGGAAAUGAUGACAAUUGUGGUGGUGGUGUCGUUGGUGGUGGCAGUGGUGUAAGGUUGGUGGUUGCAGUUGUAGAUGGUGGCGGUGACGAUCACAGUGGAGGCAGCAAUGAUGAUGGCAACAACAAUGGUGGUUGUAUGGUGAUGAUGCAAAUAGCAUGUUGUGGUGGUGGUAGUGACGAUUAUGGCAGCAGUUGUGGCGACGAUGGUGGUGGCAAUGGUGGUGGCAAUGGUGGUGGUGGUGCUUGUUAUUGCGUUUGUGGUGGUAGUGGUGGUGGUGCUGGUGGUGGUGGUGACAAUUGUGCUGGUAGCAAUGGUGGUGGUGGCGCUAGUGGUGACAAUUGUGCUGGUAGUGAUGGUGGUGUAAGGUAUAAGGCCUUAAUGGCUAAACUCAGAGGUACGAAGAAUUCAGAAGUACCCUGGUUAAUGUCCAGUUAUUUGUAUGGCAAGCAUUCAACUAUAACAGAGUGCUCGAACAAAGUAUGA